CAGCCAUGUUGAGUGUGGCAGUUCGUGAGGAGCUGGAGCCGGUCCACCUUACCGCGGCGGCAUUGCCGCGCCGGAAGUGCUUAGAGUCGGAGGCGGGGGAGGCAGUUGCUUUUCUGUGGUUCGCAACUGAGUUCGCCGGUGUUCGGCGGCUUUGGGUGGACUGAAACGCAAAAUUUUGCCCUCCACAUCCCACGUUCUUGCCGCUGCAUACAUAGGAAGCAAAAGGAAGAUACUGGAGGAGAACAAACACAUGGGAAAACCUACUGACAGAAGAAAUGCCGAGAUCCCACCACUUAUUUGAACUAAGGAUGGAGAAGAUGAAGAAAUAUUACCUGAAUGAGUUGCUGCAGAAUAGAUCAGCAGAGGGAGAGGGAGAGGCAGACUCCCUGCUGAGCAGGGAGCCCGAUGUGGGACUCAAUCCCAGGACCCUGGGAUCAUGACCUGAGCUGAAGGAAGACGCUUAACUGACUGAGCCGCCCAGGUGCCCAAAAAUAUUCAUAUUAAUACUUGGUAAAAUGUCUUUCUUCUUGACAUGGAUCAAAGCUGUUUUUAUCAUUGCCUUGGCAUUUCCUCAUUAUUCUGAAACUUCUUUUGAACCUUUAUCAGAAAUUCGUCAAGUGAAUGAUCCUUCAAAAGUAACAAACAAACAGUUUUAUUAUUACGCUAAGUUCAAGAAACAGAAUCUUGCCAGACAUACAAAAUCAUUUGGCAUUAAAGACAAGCCAAGCUGUGAUGUGUAUAUACAUCAAUUACAUUUUUGCCCAAGAGAAAAGGAUCCAGUCUGUGCAACCAAUGGCCAAACUUAUUCCAAUACAUGCGUUUUCUGCAGCGAACAAUUAAAAUGGAUUUGUAAAACCAUCCAAGAACAAGGUUUCAUCAAUAUGUGAAGUGUAUGAUAAUCCGGCACAAAUUUGCACCAGAGAAUAUUAUCCAGUCUGUGCAACCAAUGGCUAAACUUAUUGGAAUAAAUGUGUUUUCUGCCUUGCCGUGAUGUAAGACUGCAGUAGCAAAUGUGUGCUUUCUAAGUAAUGAAUUGCCAAUUACAAAAUCUUAGUACAUCUAUGUUGCUGAUACUCUAAA